UGGGCGGUUAGACUUCUAUCUUCCAAUGAUUCUUCUACAAUGGUCAUAAGCCAUCGAAAGAGAAAGCUAACACUAGUCCCGAUACCACCCAUUCAGAAGAAAUGUUAAAAGAGCAACCUUUGAAAGAAAGUUCAAACCUUUUAAUAAUGAUUGUUUGCUUUGGGUGAGUCAUGAACUGAUAAACCGACAAAAGCACGAAACAGGGCAAGUGGAAGUUCUGUAAUAGAGAAGUGGGGGCGGACUUAGUAAUUUGUUAUAUCGUUAGAGGGAGAAAGAAAGCUCUGAAAGUUUCCAUUUUUAUCUGCUUGUAGAAACGAAGAAGAAGAAGCCCUAGCAAAAAAAAAAAGAGUCACAACAUGAAGGCGGUUGAUGAUGAUCCUGGGCAGAUUAAACGUGCCCUUAUUGAUGCUUCCGCCGGAGCUAUCUCCGGUGCUGUCUCUCGCACCGUUACUUCUCCCCUUGAUGUCAUUAAGAUUAGGUUUCAGGUUCAACUAGAACCGACAACUUCAUGGUCCAUGGUCCGGGGCAACUUGUCUGGAGCGUCCAAGUAUACUGGAAUGUUUCAGGCAACUAAAGACAUAUUUAGAGAAGAAGGUUUCCGGGGUUUUUGGCGUGGUAAUGUGCCAGCUUUGCUUAUGGUCAUGCCUUAUACUUCAAUCCAGUUUACAGUUCUACAUAAGUUGAAAUCUUUUGCAUCUGGUUCUACUAAAACAGAGGAUCAUAUACAUUUGAGUCCUUAUCUAUCCUUCAUCAGUGGAGCUUUAGCAGGAUGUGCUGCUACAUUAGGAUCUUAUCCUUUUGAUCUUCUUAGGACAAUACUAGCCUCACAAGGGGAGCCUAAGGUCUAUCCAACAAUGAGGUCUGCAUUUGUCGAUAUUAUCAAAUCCAGAGGCGUAAGAGGAUUGUAUAAUGGACUAACACCAACACUUGUUGAGAUUGUGCCUUACGCUGGCUUGCAGUUUGGCACUUAUGACAUGUUCAAGCGUUGGAUGAUGGACUGGAACAGGUACAUGUUAUCCUCCAAAGACCAAAUAAACGUGGACACAAACCUUUCCAGCUUCCAGCUUUUUGUUUGUGGCCUUGGGGCUGGCACUAGCGCCAAACUCGUCUGCCAUCCUCUUGAUGUGGUUAAAAAGCGUUUUCAGAUUGAAGGUUUACAGAGACAUCCGAGAUAUGGAGCCCGGCUGGAGCAACGUGCAUACAGAAACAUGUUAGACGGUCUUAAGCAGAUUCUGAUGUCUGAAGGGUGGCAUGGUCUGUACAAAGGCAUAGUGCCAUCCACUGUGAAAGCUGCUCCUGCUGGUGCUGUUACCUUUGUGGCCUAUGAGUUUACCUCUGACUGGUUGGAAUCGAUUUCUUGGUAGAGAUUUUACACUCUUUUUCACAUUUCUAUAUCUUUUUGUCUCUAGCAUUUCUUAUAGUCUCUGCCCUAUUCAUGGGUGUGUUAAACACAUUUCAUAUGAUCAUUGGUUAUUGUGGGAGUUAUACGAGUAAACAUCAAAUUUUGUCGGCA